AUGGUAUCCAAACAUACGAUUCACUCUGUCAAUGUCACUGCCAGUAUGGCCGCAUCUCAUCUCAUGGUAUCUGUGUCCUUCAUUGUAUUUAAACCAUGCUCUGUCUCAGUAUUUACUGAAGAUGCAUACACUACACAGGACCGAGUCUGUGAGCAUCCGUCUUGUGCUAUUCUGAUCAAGGCAGGCGAGCCUUGCUUGUAUGUUGCUACCAUCAACCCUGGACAGGCUGGCCGGAAUGUCUGUGCCGCUUGCUAUGCAAGAUACGAAAAUAAGAGAGCAACAUCAAGGAGACCAAUAACUGCAGCAUCAGCAUCAUCCCGUCACACUACUCCCGAUCCUUGUAUAAUUCAGCAAUUGGUGAAUGCGCAAAGAACUACUCCCAAUCCUCGUAUAAUUCAGCAAUUGGUGAAUGUGCAAAGAACUACUCCCGAUCCUCGUAUAAUUCAGCAAUCAGUGAAUGCUGCACAAAGAAGAUCCAGUAUCAAUCCGCCUCCCGUGGUCGCGGUGUCCAACUGGACCAAUGCCUCUAUGGGCCCACCACCUAUGUCUCACUGUCCACAUCGCACUUCCGGCCCCGAUGUUAACAUUCCUACCUCUUGGGGCUCAAGAGGACCUUGGGCGAAGGCUGCGUAUUCAACUCCCAUUGCUAUUGCUGACACCAUCUCACUUGAAAUUUCUGCUAUCCAUGAAGCAGGGGGCCGUAAGAAAAAAAAUAUUUGUGAGGGUAAAAAGGAUAUAGAUGCCCGCAUGGAUGCGCCAGGUCUCAUGAGACUGGCUUUAGAUAUGGUGUUACCCAAACUACAUACCAUCGCUGACUUGUUUGCAUGGUGCGACAAGGAGUUCACAGUGCAAGACUCUGCAUGGGUGGGACCUCUCAACUCACCCACCAUUGGAACCAUACUUCCUCUUGCAGUGCAUGCAGCCAGCACAAGGAACCAAACCUCCGAUCUUCAAGACAAAGCAGUUCCCACUCAUGGUGGUUGUCCCAGAGAGUCAGUGGCAGGGAAUUUGAACUUUGGCAGGAGGAAUCUGAAGCGGGCCAACCAACUUUCUCAGCUUAGUGCCAACAUUGUUUCUUCUCAGGUGUCUGCUACUCGGGACUCUACUACUGUGACCUCUCAGCUUAGCACCACCAUGAGCGCACCAGUACCAAGGGUAUCUGUAGCAGGGGGCUCUGUCACUGCGACCCCUCAGCUCAGCACCACCAUACUAAGUGCACCAGUACCAAGGGUGUCCACUGUCAUAUCUAUCAAACAAACACAUGAACGGGCCAUAAGUUCUACUUCCAGUACCACAUCACCUCCCCAAAAGUCAAGUAUUCCUCCCACACCCCAACUCUGUUCUCCGAAUCGCGACCAACUCAAGCAGGUCUUGAAAAUUGGGGGAGGCACUGACUUAAAUAUCAAGCAGGUCGGCAAGUUACAGAACGAAAAUAUUUGUUUCUACUCAAUACCCACACGACCCCUCAGCGACCUCUUGGAGCAUGCCAAUUACCACUCAUUUUCCAUCAACACUGCUGAUUCAUCCGCUGGAUUCAAAACAGCCCAUAAAGGAUGGCUCACACUGAUGCUUCCUCCUAGCUCGGGUCUUGGGUCCGAGACACUUCAGGACAUAGUUGUGAAAUGCCCAUUCUACAGGGUACAUCCACCAGGCGUGUCUGCUACCAGUACGGAUUUCAGAAUUGGAUGCUUUGCACUGAUAGACGAGAUGCCAAAGCUAUUCAGGGAGGCGAACGUCUUAUACUGGGCAAAGGCCCUAUUAGGUCUUGUCUAUGACUUCAUUGAGCGCGCUGUGGCCAGCACGUCUGAGUCUCCGCCAUUCAAUAUCCCACAUCAUGUACAAUAUGUGAAGACCAGCGGGCUUGCCUUCAUCUCUGAUUAUCAAGGCAAUACAGAGCUCUUGACGGACCCACAGAUCAUGACAGACCCAUCAGUCAGUGAUGGAGAUGAUAUCUUUGGGGAGGGGAAUAUUAGUGAAGCGGUUAGUGAAUUUGAGAAGGGUCACAUUUGCAAUAACUUCUGCAAAUGGCCAGGGUUUGCACUUGAGGCAUUUGGGGCUUGA